ACGAAUAGCUAACCUGGUGAAAACACUACAAUGGUAGUACGGGUGGGGUUUGUGUAAUUGUGUUUUAACGGUUAGGCUAGUUCUAUAUAUAACUUUGUUGCAAAUAAAUCGGCAUCGUGAAAUUUAGUUUGGACCGUCGCAUCAAAUUUAAUUUAAAGUUCUGUGUUCGUUUUAAAACGUUAUUUCUAUAAUUUAACAGUUGCACGCAUUUUUCGUCUAUUUUUAGUCGUGUGUAAAAACAGACGGCAUCAUAGUUUUUUUCAUUGUUCACAUUCGCCGGCCGUGUUAUCAGUUGGCGAAAUAUUUGUUAAAAAACGUGAUUGUCCAAUGCUGUUUGUAACAGGUUCAUUGCUUGUGUAAUUAACGGACGGCCACGUGUUUUUUAUUUGGCAAUUUCCCGUGAUUAGUUGGCGCGUAUUCUGUGCGCAGCAGUUCAUGAAAAACGUGUUUGGUUGACUGCUGUAUAAAAUUAUAGCAGUGUAAAUUGCUGAUGUAUUGAUGAUGAAAUUGGUGCUUAACUACAAGUUAAAGCGGCGUGUUUUUUAUUUGCAGUUUUUAUUUUUCUUCUACAUAUAUUCAGUUGGAAUACAAACUCCUGUGAUUUUUUUUGUACUUUUUUACAAUUAAGUCAAUUUCGCCAAUGCUCCUUUAGAACCACAUGCCACUAAGGAUAUAAGUUCAAACAAUGCUCGCACAUAUGCAUUUGAUAUUGCUUCCCUUGAUUCAACCUGUAAUAUGAAAAUGCGUAUACCAUUGCAUGUCUUGUCUGAUGUUUAUGACAAUUUGUUGUAUAACACAUUAAAUACCAGCAACACACAUAUGACUUACUUGAUAUAGUUUUAACACCAAUACAAAGUAAAUGAGAUCAUCGGAAAAAGCUAAAUUCACCAUCAUUCUAAAUACUUUUAUCUCAACAUUGUCCAACCACAGCAGCCAAUUAAAAAAACAAACAAACUAAAACCUUUUUGCAGAUCCCAAAGUAGCGUAGUCAUGUUUUAUUUUUCACCUUUUUCUAUGGAUAGUUUUACUUAAAAACAUAUUCUUAUUCAUUCUUGGGUGGAAAUCUUAUCACGUUUUCCAACACCUUUCCACAGCUGUAUCCAGCAAAUACGAUCUAAAUCUCGAUGUAACCAUUGUCACUCAGUUUAAUUUGGCAUUAGGACAUCAUAUUGUAUUUGUUUUUCUGAAGACAUUUUGCUGAUGUUAAAUACUUUUGUUCUGCGCACAAAAAGGCUUUUUGUACAAUAAAGUUUGUGAAUAGUUUAUUUCAACUUGAUACGGUUAAUGUUGUAUAAAAAAAGGCCAUCAAGAUAAUGAUGUAGAUUUUUUUUUUAUCAGUAUGUUUAGUAGAUGUAAAAGUCAAGUGAAAACAUAAGGAUUUCAGGGGUCGAAAUAAUGUGAAAGAUUUUUGCGAACCAUUUCAUUGUGCUAUUAUUUGUGUGCUUUUGUGGUAUUUAAUUGUGUAUUGUGAUGGUUGAGUAACUAGGUUUAAAAAAAAAAACUUGGAGUAUCUUCAGCAAAUGAAUAUUGAUAUUGAAGUCAUGCGUCCAAAUUGACAGAACUGUUAAAAUAAUUAAAAAUAUAUUUUCUAUUGGUAUUUCAUAAAAAUAAGAUUAAAUGAUGUACAGAAUUUGGAGAGAACAAGAGACUUGAAUUAUUGUUGUUCAUGUCCACAAGGCAGUGUAAAGUUUAAAAUGGUGAUAAGAUACUAAGAGUGUGUGUGUUUGUGUGUGUGUGUGUGUGUAUUUUUGAAUGAGUGCUGGUCAUUUACAGCGCUUUUGCUGCUCAAAACUUUCACGGCCAAUUAUUGUUGGAUAAAGUUAUGAGAUUUUAUGGUUAACAUUAUAAUAAUUGAGUUAUUUGUAAACAAAUGUGUUUGCUUGAAUAAUUCGAAAAUGUUGGAUAUUAUUAUAACAUUUCCUUUAAAAUAAAUUGUAUUGGGGUAUGAAGUUUACAGACUGUUACCAUAAAUGGCUGUUAAAGUUUUGAGCAACCAGGCCUAGUUGUUCAUCAUAAUUUUUACAAUCUAUGUUUUACCUAUUUAUGAUUCCACAGUUAUUUGAAGAUUAUUAUUUUUUAAAGAAAAGUAUUGGGGGGGUUAUAGUUUAGUUAGAAAGUUGUUUUUCUAAAUGGUUUGAACAGAAGAUAACCUUUUGUUGAUAGUAUUUUAGAUCUACUUAGAGAAAUUAAGAAAUUUUUGUUCCGUUGUGAAUUGGGAAUGACCCUUCUUUGUAAAGUCCUUCUAUUUAAUUGUUUUAAUAACAGAUAACAGUGAAACUGUUAAAAAUGAAAUUUGUGUUCAGUUAAAACAUAUUUUAAGAAAAUCUGGCAUCAUCCUCUGCUCAUGUUGUUGAGUUAAGGAUAUUGUUGUCAACGUUUAUUUGAUUUUAAAUGUUGUGCGGAUACCGUGUUGACAUUUCUACAUAAGCCAAACAUUCAUUAAAAAAUCAUUUUACUGAUCAGUCUAUUUGGAGAUUUAUUGACGAAUUUAUAAUAGAUUUAGUGCUAAUGUUUGAUAUUUGUGAAUCCAAGUUACGUCAUCCCAUAAAUCAUCCACAUGUAUUUCCUGAUCAAACUCUGUUGCAUACACAGGCAUGAAUUGUUUCAUGGAUUGACAGAUGUCAGACGUUGUCAAGAAUUGUACAUAUUGUAAAUUAUUAUAUUUUUGUAACAUAACAUGUUAAGUGGCAAGAAUUCUAUUGGCGCCGGUGUUUACACUUCUGUGCAUGUAUCGUGUAAAGAUUUGGGAUCUUGGGUCUGAUGUUUUAUUAAGACUAGACUGCAUAAUUGUUUGGAAAGUAAGACAGAAACAGUUUAAUAUAGAGUUUUUAUUGAUUGUUUGUAGAAAAAACAGCGAUGGCUAUUUUAUUGAUUGGUAAUUGUUGGGGGGUUUGGUUUUGAUUGUGUAGGCUAAUUGCCAUUUUUAGUUAGGUAUUAAUUUUAAUUAAGUUAAUAGUAAUUUAAAUGAGUAGACUCCGCGAGGCCCAGAAAAAGGUAAAGGCCGAGCUGGCCGCCCAAAUAUCCAACUUGGAGGUGGAGAUUACGGCUUGCUGGGUGGAGCUCCAGGUUAGGUGGCUGGAAGAAGCCGUCAGUGCGUUGCCGACAGUGCAAGAUGUCGUCCGUGACAUUGGGGUGUGCAUGGACGAGAGCACUGUAGGAGGCAACGAUGAGACUAGCCGCGUCGGUGAUGUAGUUUCGUUGGUGCUGCCGACAGUACAAAGAGUCGUCCGUGACAUUGGGGUGUUCACCGACGAUAGUACUCAAGGAGACAACGAUGAGAUUGGCUGCGUCGAUGAUGCGGUUCCGUUGGCGCUACCAACAGUUUGCGAAGUUGUCCGUCACAUUGGGGUGUGUACCGACAUAAGCACUGAAGGAGGCAACGGUGAGACUGUCGGCGUCGGCGGCAGAGAAGACAAGUUCACCGAAGGCGUCGAUGACGCGGUUCCGUUGGCGCUACCAACAGUUUGCGAAGUUGUCCGUCACAUUGGGGUGUGUACCGACAUAAGCACUGAAGGAGGCAACGGUGAGACUGUCGGCGUCGGCGGCAGAGAAGACAAGUUCACCGAAGGCGUCGAUGACGCGGUUCCGUUGGCGCUACCAACAGUUUGCGAAGUUGUCCGUCACAUUGGGGUGUGUACCGACAUAAGCACUGAAGGAGGCAACGGUGAGACUGUCGGCGUCGGCGGCAGAGAAGACAAGUUCACCGAAGGCGUCGAUGACGCGGUUCCGUUGGCGCUACCAACAGUUUGCGAAGUUGUCCGUCACAUUGGGGUGUGUACCGACAUAAGCACUGAAGGAGGCAACGGUGAGACUGUCGGCGUCGGCGGCAGAGAAGACAAGUUCACCGAAAGCAGUUUACUAGAAAAGAUGCUGGUGAUAAGUCAGCAUGAGGACGAAUGA